GGACCAUAGUGAUGGCAAAUAAGUCACACCUAAAACAACAGGACAGUACGUUGGUCUGCUUGAAAUAAUAAUGUGCACACAGUUUGAUUUCGAUCUUUAUCCCUUUUGGGUUGAUGCCUUUGAAUAAAUAUUGGCAAACAUCAAACUAGAAAUGCACAAAAAGCUCUUACUAGUCUGAUAAAUGCUUUCCAGGUUUUCUGUCAUUAAGAGUUUCCACGAUAUCUCACAGUUGAGUCACUAUAAACAUAGUUUAACUUUCACUUCUAAAAUAAGUGGUUAACUUUAAUUGUGGUCUGGAGCUCCUGCAUUACCACAGUAGACAGUGUCGUAUUGUGAAGCUGCGUCUGGCAAUGACCUGGUGUAAAUUCACUAGCAUUACGUCAGUGUGUAAUAUAUCAGUGAUAGGCCCUAUGGGAAAAACUACAAAAAGAAGACUUGGCUUGUAAAAGAAAGAGAGUUGGGUGUGAAUGUCUGCAAACCCCUCUAAGCUCCUAGUGAGCCUCACCUGACAGCUCACUAAACACUCACCAAGGCCUGUAAACUGGUCAUGCACCCAUCCCCCUGAGAAAGGGGUGAGGAGCAGAUCAUCCACUGCAGGCCAAAUGGUUAAUAUGGGUGGAGUGACAGCAGUUUAACCCUCGAUGCUGAUGACUUCAAUCUCCAAAAGAAAAAAAAGAGGAGACCAAACGAAAGAGGCGGUAAAAACUGCUGGGCUGGCAGAAAAGUAGGCACGACAAAACUCUGAAAGGACAUCCCAGCUCACACACAACCGUCCUCCCACCAACGACACACGCUCCAUCCUCUCUGUUUAACUGGUACAUGUCCAAGGUGCAGCCCUUGGGGAAUCAAACCAACAACUAUUCGAGUCUAACUGGGCUGGUUUGCAGCGCUAACCACAGCAGAGCCACUGACACUGCAGACAGUCAUCAGAGCUAAUCACUGGAGAAGCAGAGGGACCAGACCUCACCUGGCUGCAUGCAGACCACUCACACCAGCUGGAGAGGCAGGUAAAGAUGAUUUGUCUUUAAUAAUAAAUCUGUUUGAGAGAGGAGGCGGCAAAGGCUUUGACAAGGGACGGUGCAGUGUAUGUAUCAGACGGUUUACAUCUGAUUGGAAUUAUCUUUACCUUUGAUGUGGUGCACCUUGCUAGCAUCUGUCUGAGAACUUGCAGGUGAAAGUGGUGGGGCUUUUGAAAGUGUUCACUUGCAGUUUUUUUGUCUGUUUCUUCCAGUCACAGUUCACUUAAUGAAUCUGGAUGCUUCAUGUCAAGAAAAAGAUAGAAAGGUGGAUUUAAUAGACACUUUUGGUACAGUUUUACAAUCAAGCUCACACCUGGAAAUGAAUGAACCAAGAAAAAAAAACUGUUUUUUUUUUUUUUUUCAAAGUUUGCAAAUGACACACGUGUUUGGAAAGUCACUCUUACUUCCAAACUUUUCUUUUACACGUAAUAAUUAUCCAUAAACACAGUCACUUUCUCAGCUCAGGAUGCAGUAAGCCAUGCAAACUCUUCAAAAUGAUUCAAAGUCAUGAAGUGGAUUUCAGCAAAAGCCAUCUGCUGGAACCAAGCCCGCAAAAACCGAUGCAGUGCAAAUACAACCCGUUGUGUAAUUAACAUAGCUGGCUCAGACACAAAGCCCCUGGCAGGAAAUUAGCAUUAUCAUAUUCCUCUGCAUGUGUUUCUCCUUAGUCUGUCAGGCGGAUUUUUGACAACAUUUGUUUUCAGUAAUAUUUAUUCCAUCUUGCACAGAUCUGUCAAGCCCUGACUCACCUCAUUUCAACAGUUAGGUCAUUCAAUUGUAAAUCCUGACACUUUAUAAAUGACUCUUGUGAUGUGAGUGGCGAGGUGUAUCAAAUCACAGUUUCACUUUAAUUAACUGUAAUCAUGAUUCAGUUCUUUACACAUCAUGAAUUCCAGUUUUAAACUUUACUCACAUUUCUCAUACCUAGAGUACGUGUAUUGGGGAGGCUGUAAAAAGACAGAUGUGUCAGUGAGAGAUGGACAACUUGAUUUUUGAUUUUAUCCCAGAACAUUUUACAAGUCUGCUGGUUGGCCAUGGUAGUAGAAAAAGGUUCAGUGGAAGCACAUUCUUGGAAAUUACAAGCCGGCUGUCCAGUUGCUUGACAAACUGAGCUGUGUGCCAAUUGUAUGGUCAGUAGCCUCAGCAGUGCAACAGCAUGCUCAGAUACAGGGCAUUUGUCUUUUUCAGUUAAUUAUGGGCUCAAAAAAAUGUACUGGCAUUAGAAAGAUAAAGGGAGGGAGAGCAGUUGGCUAUGCAAAGAAGAGAAGUCACUUAAGGCUAACCUGCUUACAAGUCAAGCCUGUUAGGACGGUACAGUGACUGAUACAAACAUCGCAUGUCCAUUCAUCAAGGUAGUGAUUUGUCUUUGACGCACAGUUCCUAUAAGUGUGCCCAGGACAACCUUGUCAAUGUGUAACUGAUCAUACAAGAUUACAAACAUGUGUAAAGGAAUGACCCCUGUUCACAAAUUCAGCGUGGCAAACACAGGAGGAGCUCUAAUGGGAUUGCACGGCUGAUCAUGGAUAAGUGUUGCCGCUAUCCUCACACAACUCAGCUGGGAUUAUCCCGUUGCAUUCAGUCCGCUGCCGUCAUCACUGGAAAUUAGCGCAACCUCAUGCAGGGCAUGUUGAAAAGGCACCUGACCUAAGCGAGCUUCUACAAAAACAAUUCACCCAAUCAGCUUGCAGUUAAAUCCCCACAGAUUAGGUCUGACCUCCCUCCCAUAACACUAUUACAUCUGUCUGAAGAAAAUGUUUUGUACUCUCGGAGGGUGCAUCACCUUUGAGCUGGACAACCUUGCCAACAUGCUCCCUGCUCUUUACUUCUUAGCAUCUUGCAAUUCUUGCAAAGUAUUUUAAAGCCACUGAGUUCACAGAUCUGCCUUCAAUCUUGUUCAAGCAAUAGCCUCUUGGUAUAAGUUCAAAACAAAUUAAACUAAAGCCAUGAUAAAACUCGCAUACCAAGAAAUUAUGCUCAAAUAUGCUGUGGUACUCAAGGCCAGUAUUAUUGGAUCUAAUGUGCACAAAGAAAACACCCACGACUAAUUUCUUUUAUCGCAACUGUUUCUCAUUGUGUACACUUAGAUCAAAUCUAACCGAAACAUUUAAUAAGUUUAUUGUCAAAUAGUCCAAUUUUGAAGAUCAUGUGCUUGAAAUCGUAGUACGCAGGCUUGAUGGCCUCUUGGCUCCACAAAAAAACACCAAGUAGGUGUCCUUAAAAAGUUAAGCUGUAUUGGUACAUUUUGUUGAGCUGAAUUUGUGUACUUUUACUUUAUCCUACAGUCUCUGUUGACUCCAAAUACUGCAAGACCUUAUAAUUCGUAUAAAGCAGAUUAAUGAAUGGUGAUCACACCAUGGACGGCGGUAGCACAAAAUUAGCGCAAAGGUCAGCAAAGGAUUCUGAGGGAUUUGUGAUUGGAGUUAAAAAGAGAUCAGGCAUGCCCGCCAAGGGAGGAAGGGUUGUCCAUGUGGAAGUCAGCAAACAAAGAACAGGUAGGAUUGCAUUAGCCUGUAAGUGGGCCAUGUCUCAAGUCCUGAAAAAGGCUUAGCAGACUAUACACCACCUCCAGACCUUUGAUCUUGGGAGACUCCAAUUAGCCAAGAGAAGCUUUGGUGUCAUUAUGAUUGACAAGCUGGCACGCGUUGAAUGAACACCCAGUGGUACAAAUAGAGGGAAGCGCGAGGUACAGCCUCGUCAUUUGGGACUACGCUUGAUAGCUUGCUGAGAAAGGACGCAGACAAGUGAGAACCUACAGAGUUUCAGGUAAGCUGUGUUCUUGGAAGGGGAUGACAUUGACACAUGUGGAUGGUAAUUUGGUAGAUGUUUGUCAUGCAGCUUUGGGUUUUAUCUUUAUGGAAGCAUGGAUCAUGCUUUUAUCAUUUGCACUAGGUCAAGGAGUUGUGACCCUUGUACAGUGAGAGAGCAGGGGCAUGUCUCUUAAAACAGGUGUGCUGGCUUUGUCUUUGAAGUGAGGCCAUCCAUGGAAAAGCGUGGCCUAUCCAAAAUGAGUUCCAGACAAACGUGGAGUGCAUCAAGAAUUUAAACAAGCACCAGAUGGCAGCUGAGAGGAAUCAAGUAGUGCCUCAAGAGAUGGGUGGAUGGAAGGUGGUAGAGCUGACUUCAGAUUUGUCUGACUGGAUUCCCUUUUUUGUUUUUGCGCUGCCUUGUUACAUAGCAUAUAAUGUAUCCCAUCUUUGGCAUCUCACUUUUUGUCCUUUACCCCUGUCAUUGGUUAGGUCAAGGCCAUCUGGCCUUGAAUUGUUGUUUCUAAAAAGGUGAAGAAUUCUGUUUUCCUCAAGGGAAUCUGUGCACGCUUGCACAUGUGUUUAAUUGCAUCAUUGUAUCAGCUGUAGAAACCAAAACAGAUGGACUUAGAGAUGUGUGGCAGGCAUAUCCAUCCUCUGUAUGUUGCAUGAAAGCAUGUAUGCAUCUUACAACUGACAUGCAAAGUUGUCAAGUCUGAGCUUUCAGGUUAUCCUAAUGCUAUUAAAGUUGACCUGGCUCCGCAUCCUCUCAGCGGAGGUUUACCCGUCAUUGGCAAGCAAAGGAGUGACCCGGAAAGAGCAGUUGACUUGCCCUGUUGGCAGCUGCCACUAGAAUUUAAUGAUAAUGACAUCAGUGGUAGAGUAGGCUGCGUAAUCUGAUGGUGGCUAAUUUGGGCCAGAGUUUAUACGAGUUAAUUCGUAAACACUUUGGUGGAUGUUUGCCGUUAGAUCGGAAGUGACUGUUGUGUGGGAAACGCCUCACCAGGACUGUCGAUACAGAAUCACGAAACAGAAAGUGUGUUCCUAAUUCCUCAAAGUCCCCAAUCCUUUGCAUCUUAUCUGAUCCUCUUUACCAUGAGUGUCUAGAACUUCCAGAUGUCUCUUUGUCUUAUUCUGUUUUAAGAUUAACACUGUGUAGCACAUUACACAACUGUAUAUAAUUUUGUCUUCCUUUCCAUCAUAGGUUGCACAGCGAAAUGGCACUUCUCCUGAGUCUGCUUUGCAUCUUGUGCCUGGUUGGGCCAGUUCUUGGCCAGGACAUGCAAUAUGAGGAAUUCAUGGCCCAGAUCCAAGCCUGUCCUAAAGAGUGUCACUGCCCCUCUAACUUCCCUCGUGCUGUCUACUGUGACAAUAAAGGCCUGAAGAGCAUCCCCAACAUCCCACCAUACACGUGGUACCUGUACCUGCAGAACAAUCUGAUUGAAGUGCUGUCAGCAGAUGCCCUGCGUAAUGCCACAUCCCUGCGCUGGCUGAACCUCAACCGCAACAAAAUCACAAGUGAGGGAAUGGAAGCAGGGGUCCUUAAUGCAAUGCCUCAACUGGCACACCUCUACAUGGAUGACAACCUCUUGUCUUCUGUGCCAUCUCCACUGCCAGCCACCCUAGAGCAUCUACGACUCUCUCGCAAUCGCAUUUCCAAGAUCCCUGCUGGUGUCUUCGUUGGUCUGGAGAAGCUAAACCUCUUGGACCUCCAGGGGAACAAGCUGAUGGAUGAUGCGGUGACUGAGGUGAGCCUGAAGGGUCUCAGCAGUCUGGUUCAGAUCAAUCUAGCCAAGAAUCAGCUGAGCAGUAUGCCUCUUGGCUUACCACCCACUACUACCCAGCUUUUCCUUGACGGCAACAACAUUGAGAAGAUCCCAGCUGGCUACUUCAAAGGUUUGCCAAAAGUGGCAUUUCUGAGGCUCAACCACAACAAGCUUGGCAGCGGUGGAGUCCCCAAAAAUGUGUUUAAUGUCACCAGCAUUUUGGACUUGCAGCUGUCCCACAACCAGCUGACUGAGGUUCCCCUCAUUCCCUCAGGCCUUGAGCACCUUCACCUCGACCACAACAAUAUCAAAAGUGUGAGUGGCUCCAACAUCUGUCCUGUAGCCGUCGAAACUGUGGACGAAUCUGUCAACGACAGUGUUCCUCGUCUGCGCUACCUCAGACUGGACGGCAACGAGAUCAAGCCACCAAUUCCCAGCGAUGUCAUUCUGUGCUUCCGUCUCCUCAGGUCCAUUGUCAUCUAAGGAGCAAACAAAACCAAUCAGCGUGUUGUAAGCUAAUUCCAAUUUUGGAUGACUUUUGAUGACUUCAUAUUGUGGACAUUUCUCUGAUAGUUAAGAUGUGUGAAUCUAUGCAACAGAAAUGGUGACAUGAGUAUUAUUUGCAUGUUUGUGACGUUCAAAUAUUUGACGGUAGUUGGCACCAACUUGUUUUAUUGCCACGACUUAGGAAAAAGUGCUUUCCAGUUCCAGAGAACAUAGACUUUUCAGUGGAGUUUUAAUAAAUCUUAAAGACGGUAAAACAUUGUCAAGGAAGUGGUGGGUUAGAGGCUUUAUUUGAGGCUGCAAUCUGUUGACCACUAGCUGUGCCUUACGUUGGUACAUCUGCAUGUACAAUUCAGAAUAAAAUAUGAAUAUAGUUUAGCAUGACAGUGAUUUAGGACGAUAUGUAUAAAUGGCAUUUGGAGCUCUUUCAGAACUCAUGUCAUUAUGCUUCUUUGAGAAGGAGGCAGAGCUUAUAAGAUUGAUUGUAUUUUUUUUUUUAUUGUUUCAGGAAAACAUUUGCUUUAUAUUUGUAGACUUGAAGCCAACUUCAUGGUCUUGGGUUCUAGGUUUGUGGUCUUAUUUCCUUUUUUUAAGAAUUACUCUAUUCUUCAAAUAGACAUAUUUACUGUAGGUAAUUUAUUUUUUAUUUAAUAUUGGCGAAAAAUGAGUAGAAACCUGACAGUCC